AUGACUUCACAUCCUGUGAGAGUAGAGUACCUGAACUUUGGUGCUAAACCGUCAUCUCUUGUGGCUUUACUUUUCUUUAUUUUUCUAGAAAGUUACGUUUCUAUGGGGGUUAUCUUGUUCUUGCUCGCGGAAUCCUUCAUAUUUACACAGUGGCAGACCGUCGCGGCGCAGUACGAUCAGGUGGCGUGGAUAAAAGCAGACACCAAGGCGAUUCUAGCGAUUCAUGAGCACGUGAUUACGAACAACGCUCGCCUAUCGGUGACCCACAGCGACUACAAUACCUGGACGUUGAAUAUUCGCAGUGCACGCCGGGAAGAUCGUGGGAUUUAUAUGUGUCAGGUCAACACGGAUCCUAUGAAGAGUCAGAGCGCAUUUUUGGAGGUAGUAAUACCGCCAGAUAUCAUCUCGGAGGAGACCUCGAAUGACAUGAUGGUUCCCGAGGGAGGUGCCGCGAAGCUGGUGUGCAAAGCGCGCGGUUAUCCCAAGCCUGACAUCGUGUGGAAGCGAGAAGACGGCGCCGAAAUCAUUUCGCGAGCCGGCGUCUCUGGUGGCAAAACAAAAAUACCCAGUGCAGAAGGCGAAACGCUGACUUUGUCGAAAGUAACGAGGGGCGAGAUGGGCGCCUACCUGUGCAUCGCCAGCAACGGAGUACCUCCGUCAGUCAGCAAACGAAUGAUGUUGCACGUACACUUUCAUCCGAUGGUCCAGGUACCGAACCAGCUGGUCGGGGCUCCGAUCGGAACUAACGUCACAUUGAUCUGCCUCGUGGAGGCAUCACCCAAGGCCAUUAAUUAUUGGACUCGAGACUCAGACGAAAUGAUAAUCAGUAACAGCAAAUACACAAUGUCCGAGCAGAAGACAUCGGUAUAUAGCGUGCAGAUGCGAUUGGUGAUUAUGAACUUGCAGAAACACGAUUUGGGUGGCUACAAAUGCAUCUCGAAGAACUCUAUCGGCGAUGCUGAGGGGAACAUCCGGCUUUACGAUAUGGAACUGCCUAAGCAUCCGAAAAAGAGCGGCGACCGACGACCGGAGGAUCCCGCGGGCGAGUCAAUCGGUGAUCGCGAUCACAGGCUGAAUCACGCGCAUCAAGGUUCAUUAAGGGAAACAGGAUCGACCCUGGAACCGGCCCUCGACGCGGAUGACAAUUCGGCGUCUACUACAUCGAGAGAGAAUACACCGCCCGCGACGAUCGGCAUUACCCUGAUCGUGCUGCACCACUUGUUCGCCUCGACGUAAGAUAGACCGUAACCCGUAAAUCUGUUCUUAAAACGCAAAUUACGUUUGCCACAAGCAGUUCGAUUCUCGAACUUGGGGAGAUUGCGAGAUAACGACAAAAUAGCAUCCAUCGCCUCGCGUUCUCGGCGAUCCACGACAUUGAUCGCUGAAUAUCGAUAUCGAUAUCACAUCAUUGAUAUUGAUGGAACAUUAGUCGCGUUAUUUUAUAUAUAUAGAAGCCAUUACUGUGCGCCACAUUGAUGAAUGGUGUGUUUGAAAAAAAAUGUAGAAAAGCUUGUUAAAACUUUGAAAUAAAAUUCCUUGCUAAAAAUCAAAAGUAAAUUGGUGAUGAAUAUUUUGACUGUUAUUUAAAUUUUUUUACGUGAUAAUUUUUUAUU